AUGCGAGGCCGGAGGGCCAACGGGGUAUUGCGGGCAGCCACGGGCAUUCUGGGUGCAGACAGCCGUGCCCUGAAGGACUCUGAGGGUGUUUGCAGUGGGGUCAGAAAUGGGGACUGGCUGGAAGGGAGGAGAGCAAGCCAGGCAGGCACCAGCCGGGCAGUCGCACACACUCUCUGUCUGCAGCCCUGCAGGGCCCUCGGCCUCUGGAGUUUGACUUGCCUGCUUUGUCUCCCUGUCCUAGAGGUGCUCCUGGACCCUUGUCGGACGUGGUGCCCGGCAUCCACCUGCCAGGCCGUGUGCCAGCUUCAGGAGAUGGGGCUGCAGACCCCUCAGCUGGUGCAGUGCAAAGCAUGUGACCUGGAAUUCUGCUCGGCCUGCAGAGCCAGCUGGCAUCCCGGCCAAGGCUGCACAGAGACCAUGCCAAUCACCUUCCUGCCUGGGGAGACCAGUUCGGCCUUCAAACUGGAAGAGGACGAUGCGCCCAUCAAGCGCUGCCCCAAGUGCAAGGUGUACAUAGAACGGGACGAGGGCUGUGCACAGAUGAUGUGCAAGAACUGCAAGCAUGCCUUCUGCUGGUACUGCCUCGAGUCCCUCGACGUGAGUACAGCCUCGAGCUCCAUGCUGGUGCCUUUCCCUGAGGUUCCGUCUUGGAGCGGGGAAGCAUGCCAGCCACUUCCUAGAGGAAGACUUUAGAGGACACUCCUGUAAAAGAGAAAUAAUGUUAUCAGACAUUUUUUGUGUGUGUGCUUCUAAAAAUAUUAAUUCAUGGAGUGCAA